AUGCCCACACCCAAUACUUCUGCCCCCGGGCCCACAUUCUCCUGGGCCAACACCUCCUUGGGAGGCAGCACGCUCAGCGCUCCUAAUACCGCCCUGCCUGUGGAAUUCCUCACCCUGAGGCUCACAGUUGCUCUGGCCUAUGGGCUUGUAGGGACCAUUGGCAUGCUGGGGAACUUGGCUGUGCUGUGGGUCUUUGUCUUCAACCUAGCCCUGGCUGACCUGGGGCUGGCACUCACCUUCUGCUUCUGCGCUGUUGAGUUAGCCCUGGACUUCUACUGACCCUUUGGAAGCGCCCUCUGCAAGAUAGUACUGACAGCCACUGUCCUCAACGUUCAUGCCAACAUUUUCCUCAUCACAGCACUCAGCGUGGCCUGGAAUUGGGUGGUGGCUGUGGCCACGGAGCCAGGUGCCCAUUUCUCACUCUUGAGUGCCCACAUAGUCACCUUGGCAGUGUGGGUGGCAGCUGCCUUAGUGAUGGUACCCACAGCUGUCUUGGGGGCCCAGGGUGAGGUGUGGGGUGUGCAUCUCUGCCUGCUGUGCUUCCCCAGCAAGUCCUGGCUGAUGGCUUACCAGCUGCAAGGCAUCAUCACCACCAACUACCUGCUGCUGGUGGCCUUUCUAUGACAGCAACAGCGGGACAGCAGAAGGGUCACCCCCUAUGUCCACAUCCUGGUGGCCUCCUUUCUCCUCUGCUGGCUCUGAACCACAUGGUCACUCUGGGGCAUCCUGGUGAAGUUUGACCUGGUACCCUGGGACAGCACCUUCUGCACUAUCAACACCUAUGUCUUCCCGGUCACCACCUGCCUGGCACAUCACAACAGCUGUCUUAACCCCGUGCUCUACUGCCUGCCAUGGUUGGAGCCCCGCUAGGCCCUGGCAGGUGGCCUCAGGGAUCUAAGAUCCUGGCUGUGGCCUUCUUGGAGCCAGGUGCAGCAGAUGGCCUUCGUGAAGAUUGGGAAGGUCGGCAGGCUAUGGGUCUCCUGCAUCCCACCAGGAAAUGUUCCUUCUGCCACACUCACUGCUUAG